AUGUCUAAACAACCGUCGCCGCCCGAGUCUCAACAGCACGACGGAAGCCUCCUCCACGAUGAAACAUCUCCUGUCACCACUCCUCCUACUCCACCGAACACCACUAUUGCAAGCCCAGCUUCCGACCACAAACCCUCCUCCGAGGAGACGCUUGAGGGUGCAUCUCAAGACCUCAAAGAGUACCUACGCGAGCAAGUCAGCAGUCCUACCGAUGUGGAAGUCGCAGACUCUGAACUCCUCGACCUUGUUACAAAUGACUCCUCGGACGAUGAUACCCCCGAGCCUACUACCGAGAAGCAGGCGGGCAAGCGAACGUACGAUGCCUUCUGCAACCCCGUCAAGAUUCGACAGCAGCUCGAGAAUAAGGAGUGGCUGAAUGACGAGGCUAUCGAGUCUCUCGCCAAGCUUCUUCCCGCCUACCACACCAUGAAGGUCUUCAACCCGGGCUACAUCAAGUUCUCGCGGCCUACUCUCGCCCGACCCCCUCCCAAGCUCACCACUGGCACCGUCAUCAUGCCGCUGAACCACGACAAUACACAUUGGACGGUGGCCAAGGACGCGAAACGCCUUGCUACUUGGUUCGACUCGAGCGCUGAAGCCUUCGCUUUCACAGAAGUGUCUGGACCCGAACAGGAAGAUGGCAGCUCCUGCGGCGUCUUUGUUCUAGCAGCAAUCGACAACUGGCUGCAAGGCCGUGACCUACCCUCCUCAUUCGAAACCCCAAGCGUCGCUCUCCUCUCUCUCCUCGAUGCCGAUGGCUGCUCCUCCCCGACUACUUCCCCCGCAAAGCGACGCCGAGAGUCCCCCGAAGGAACAUUUACCAUGGCCUCGACGCUUGAUGAGAUGCUCUCCUGUAUCCAGCACAUCACCGCCACACUUCCAGCCCAACUUGCUGAACAGCCUCGCUCCACGGUGGAAGACGCCACCAAGGCCCUGAGCGACAGCGAGGAGAAGCAAAAAGCGCUCGAGGUCGAUCUCCAACAGCACCAAGACUACAUCCAGGAUGUGAUGGUCUACCAACGAGCUCAUGCCUACUGGUCUGAGCAGGUCCUCGAAUCCCCUGGCCCGACUUGCGAGGGUUUUGACGAUCGCCGCAGUCUCAAUAUAUCAGGCAUGACCGAUACCGUUGUUGACUUGGUCCACAAACAGCUUCGAUGUCUAUCGCCCAAUGGCGAGGACGAAGCUGAUCUACCCAGUCUUCGGGUCCGCGAGGCUGAAAUGCUGGCAUUGGUUGAGGAGGUCAAGAAGGAGAUUCAGCAAGCCAAUGAGAGACUUGCGACUGAGCAGAAGCUGUCUGCCACUGUUGAGCAUCAAGAGGCCGCCCGGCUCUUUAGUCAUCUCCCAAUUGAACUUCUCGACCAAAUCAUAUCCAGCCUAUCCAAUCAAUCCAUCAAGAAUCUACGCCAGACAUGCACUUUCUUGUCCAAAGUCGCUCAGCUUCGUUUUGACCGCCUAUUCCUCUCUACUAACCCACGCGACAUCGAGGUUUUCACGACUAUCGCACAAGACGAUAAAUUGAGACUGGGCGUUCGAGAAAUUAUUUAUGAUGAUGCGCGUUUCUGGGAUGAAUACGCGACUGGGCCGCAAGAUCAUGGUUCUCAGUCUGCCAUAGGAGUCCCCCAUUGGUAUCAGCAUUUGUACGAGGAAGAGCUCAAGAAGGCCAGAGAGAUCUUGGUAAAAGACACUGGGACUCUUGCUCACAUCGAGAUUUCGGACGAUUGUCAAGAAUCCUACAAAAUAUACCAACAGUUAUUACAAGCUCAAACCGACGUCAUCUCCCAAGAUCGGGACAUUGACGCAUUGAGAUACGGCUUGACCCGUUUUCCCAAUUUGACAAGAGUCGAGCUCACCAUCGCGACUCACGGCAGACAGUUGGAGCCGUUUUACCACACGCCCACCAUCAGAUCCCUUCCCAAAAACCUUGUCUAUCCUCGUGCACGAGGUUGGCCCGGCACUGAUCCGCAUCGGAAACCCUUCUGGACAGAACCUUGGGACGGCGAUGAAACACAGAAUUGGCGUGGCUUCUCUGUUCUUACUCGCGCGGUAGCUCGACAUCUACGCCAGAACCCUAACAGCAGCAUAAACGAAUUCUCUAUCGAUGUCAACUAUCUCCUUGCCGGUAUCAACAUCCAUCUCUUUGAGAACACAGACAGUACCGAGUACAAAGACCUCGUCACCAUUCUGAGCCACCCUAGCUUGAAACGAUUCGAUCUACCUCUCGACUACAGUGGUAUCGAGGACCCUGAUGAUUCGGCUCUGCUUUACGACAACGUUCAAAAGCUUCUCAGCAUGGCGACAGAUUUACAACACGUUAGCCUCUCAACAAACAUCGACUUUCAAGACAACGACUUUUGGGGCAUGAUCGGUAGAGACGAGCACUGCUUUCCCCUCCGUACCACCCUACCCAUUGAAAAGUGGUCCAACCUCCGUCAUCUUUCUCUGUCACGGCUUUUCGUCAAACAAGAUCACGUGAGAGACUUUCUAGCCGCCCUGCCACCAACACUCAAGUCAAUCGAGCUCAGCUUUUUGGAGUUUACGCCAUGGUACAGAGACUGCUACCGAGGUUUAUUCGAAGACAUGCGCUCUACACUCGGUUGGCAGGACCGACCGAGAGACAACCAGCCCAAGAUCAAAGUCUUGGUUGAACGCAGGGGUGGAAAGGUGGUUGAUGUAAGUGCUGAGGCUGAGAGCUAUAUGUACGACGGAGAAGAGAAUCCUUUUACGAUUGGGAGUGAUCCGUUCUACACCGAGAAACGAUUUUAUGUUUUUUAUGAUGUUGGGAUUGAGGUGGAUGUGUUUGACCCAAGGUACAGGCAGCUGGAUUUUCCCAACUACCGGGAAGCUAGGAGCUGA